AUGAAACAACCACGCAACAGUCUACGCGUGGAAUUAAAGAAACCCAAAGCAGAACGGCAGCACCGAAGGCCCCGGGCUUCCACGCGGUGCAACACGGUGGUCUCCGGGACCAUCUCCGGGUCAUCCCUUUCCCAGAUUGCCACUUGGAGUGAGUCCGGUCGGCUCAGGAAUCCUUCCCUGAGGGCGCCGGAAGUGGGCGCGGCGGGAGCCGGGCGUCCCGGGCGGGAACGCGUGCCCCGUGGCGAGCGGUUCCGGGCGGCGGGGAUGGAGCGGGCCGGGCGGCUGGCCGUGGGCGCCUCCUGGACGGCCGGGGCUCCGGGGCCGGGGCUCGCACGGGCCCUCAGGCCGCUGUCCGCGGGAGGAGGACGAGGAGCAGGAGGACGGCGGGACACCGCCGCGGAGGAGGAGGAGGAGGAGGAGGAGGGCCCGGCCGCCGCGGGCGAGGGGCUCGUGACCCUGAAGAGGAACACCACCGGCGAAGGGGAGAGCCCCUGCUUCCUGUACCUGCGGUGCGAGCCUCGCGGUUGUGAAGAGAUGGUUUCGCUCGGGAUCGUGAGCGAAGCGAGGAACAUGGAAGUGUACGCUGGCGAGGAGUACCGCGCCACCGGGCGCGGGGAACGCCUUUGCACCCUCCCGGGUGACAGUGGGAAAGACACGAUCACUCUGUAUAAGAAAUAUCUAAAAUUGGAGGACCCCACAGACUUUUGUAAAAUUAAGCUGCUGUCCUUCGGGGGCAAGCAAAGCCUAGCCAUCGGGAAAAUUCAGGUGCGGCUGAGGAGGGUCUCCGCCAACCCCCCAGCAAGCCCGCCGACCCUCGGAUGGAGAAUCGAUCUCGACCGAGUUCAAGCCAUGAUGGAAUCCAUGGGAACCAAGUUGUCUCCGGGGGCCCAGCAGUUGAUGAACAUGAUUCGGUUUCAGCAGCGGAAUUGUGUUCCUUUGGGAGAGCAACUUCAGUCUGUCCUGGGAAAGAAAGAACCAGAUCCCUUUGGAGACACGCAGACGAGAGAUGGAUUCCAACAUCGGUCAUCUGUGAUGGGAGAUUCGGAUAAGAUAUCUGUCAGACACUUUCCUCUUAAAUCUACUUUGACAGCUGGAACGGUUCCUGAAGCCUUUCAAACUUACUUUGAAAGGGACUCACAGCAAUUUGCCGGCGACUGCGCUGAAAGACGUGAGACUCUACCACCGAACAGUGUUUUCCCCCCAAAUGACUUUAAAGUUGUAUCUUCUUUGUUGCAAAAGAAGGCAAAUGCAAAUAUUCCCUGCUCUGAGUUACUUCCUUUUUUCCAAAAUAUAUGUAGCCAGGUAAACCAUCUCCGGAGAGGAGACCAGACUAAGCCUCAGGAAACUAGUCCCAAGCCCAGCAAAGAAGGCUUUGUAGAUGGGGGAGAUGAACAGCAGCCCGUUUGCUCCUACUUGGAAAAGAUCAUUUCUAAAAAUAUGGAGCUGAUGGAGAAGAAAUUAAUGGACUACAUCGAUCAGCGUAUGUACAGACUUCAGGAACACAUAGAUGAGAAAGUUAUCCUACUAAUGGAUUUGCUUCGAAAUCCUAGCUUCACGUCCACCAGGCUGACGCAAGGAGGUUACGACUCCGGAGAAAGACUCUCAAAUGGGGAUAGAUAACCAGUUGUCGUAUCUGAUGCCUGAUGCAUGAAAAUCAAAACCCUAAAAAAAACAGCUUUUGGGAGGCAAGUAUUUAGUUCCGUGCCUUCGGAGGCAUUUCCCGGUUAAACAAACAAAAACCUCAGUGUUCAUUAUUUUUAUUGCACUUGUCCCUGUAAUUCUGCCCAGGAUUGUACGCUACAGAUUAACAAGUACUGUCAGAAGAUAUUUUUGAAAGCACCGUUUUUCACUCUUAUAAAGACUUCAUGUGUGUUUCUGCGGCCUAGUGAUUUAGGAAAGUAUUAAAGCCACUUUUAAGAUUCUCAUGAAACCAAUUUGAACCACUGUACGUGCGCUUUAAAGGGAGCCGUGUCCUUUUUUACUUAUGUAAAGAUAUUAGCAGUUUUGUAGUUUCUAGGUUCGGGAAAACAGUGCUUUAAAAAAGAAUGGGAGGUUUUUUGGCCUUUACCAGUUUUUUUUCCCCUAAUGGAGAAUUGGAUAAUCCUAAAAUUUUGUUUAUUUCUAGACCGGGACUUUAAAGUGGUGUGGGUUGACUGGGGCUCCGAAUUUGUGAGUAACGUUGUCGGGGCCCUUUGGAAAUGAGUUAUAGUUGUGUCAACAAUGGGCGGUGAAACAUCAAAAUCUGACCCCGUCCUUGGUGAUAUUUUGAGAGGUUGACGUGGGCCUCCCAAGGUAGGAUCGGUGCCGUCUCCUGAUGGGGAACAGAUCCCUGGUUUGCCCUUGUUCGGUCCUUGUAAAAGUGAUGAAGUCUGAGCCAAGAGAACGACAGGAGGGGACAACUGUCUAAAUCGGUCCCGGGGAAGACCGAAGACGGGUCGGUGGAGCUCACAGCCAGUGGGAACGGCUGCCUGGGCCUCCUCCGUAGCCUUCAGCAUUUUCAGAAAGAAAUGUUAUGUGGAGCUUUAAGAUAUAUUUAUAUAUUUGAUCCAUUCUGGAAACCGUUUUGGGCGACCGGGAAUGAUCUACCCCCUCCUUAAAAUGUCCCUCGUGGUUUAAAUAGCGCAGUGGUCGAUUCACGGAAUGUUUCAUUGGGGUUAAUUUAAGGGAGGAUUUACCUCUCCGACUAUUCCUUCUGUCCCGCAUGGUGUUAAUCUGUGGUAAAAGUAACUUUCCCACCCCCGGUUUUUGUGAAUUUGUUUUGUUCUUUGAAAUUAGUACAUUGAGGAUUACGUGGCUGGAGGUGUUUGUUUAAAUGGUUGAAUUUGUUUCCAGUGUGCUCUGUAUUAAAAUGGAAAUGUUCAGUGCCA